GUGCCCUUUUAUCUCAUAGAAUGAUUCAGUUCCUCAACUAAAGAUAUCAUUUGGCACCAAAAUCAGCCAGAUAGCUGCGAUUGUUGACUGAUUCCUCUGGAGGAUCUUCUUUCGCUUUUGCUACAAUACCAUUUCCCUUGUGCUCUCUGGUGGCACCUGAGUGUGUCCUGAAUGUUGACUAUGUUGCACACGUGAUGCUGCUAAACUUUAUUAACUCCUAAGAUUUUCUAUGCUCCCAAGUGCAGGCACGCCACUGCCAAUUGUUCCAUUUUCCAAGCCCAGGGAGGAAGCAGGGAUGUACUGGGGUUACCGAGUGUGGUAUGCUUCAAAUAUCAUUUCUGUGUUCAAGCAUUGUCCAUUCAAGGGUGGAUAUGACCACUCGAUUGGUACAUCUGAGCAUGGUCUAAAACGUAGUUCAUCAGAGCUUUCUUUGCCUCCUUUCAAGCAUCUGUUGAUUGCUUUUGGUGGACUUGCUGGGUUGGAAGAAGGUGUCGAAGAAGACAGCAGCUUAAAGGGUACAAACAUCCGUAAGGUGUUUGAUUCGUACCUGAACACAUGUCCAGAUCAAGGGAGUCGGACGAUCAGAACAGAGGAAGCAAUCCUCAUAUCCCUCCAAUAUUUCCAAGAGCCUAUAAACCGAGCUCUGCAGAGAUUUCAUCGCUGAGUUAAACAACCAUGGACAUGAGCAACUCACAAUAUUUCCAUGAAACAUGAUGAAGAUCUUGCAAUCUUUCUACGAGCUAGUAGAUUCAGAUGUUGUAACUUUAUCUCUCCUUUUAUCUUUCUGCCUAUCUGGGACAGUCAAUUUAGAUUAAAAAAAAUUGUUCAUGUAUGAAAAAGAAAGGAAUUUAUGUCAAAAAAUAAAAAGAGAAAAGAAAGGAAUUAUAAUUACAUUAGGAAAAAAGUAAAGACAAUGUGUUUUAUAAUUGUGCAUGGAAGAAUAUUUAAUGACGUACGGAAAAUGAAAAGAGAAAAAAGUCGGAAUAACAUAAAAGAAAAGAUAAUGAUAUCAUUUUAAUAUGCAAGAAAUGCCAAAUUCAAUCCCAA